GCCUUUGCUGGCGCUGCUGCUGGCGGCGGCGGCCAGGAUCAUGUCUGGUCGCCGCUGCGCCGGCGGGGGCGCGGCCUGCGCGAGCGCCGUGGCCGAGGUAGUCGAGCCGUCCGCCCGCGAGCUGUUCGAGGCUUGCCGCAACGGGGACGUGGAGCGGGUGAAGAGGCUGGUGACGCCCGAGAAGGUGAACAGCCGCGACACGGCGGGCAGGAAGUCCACCCCGCUCCACUUCGCCGCAGGUUUUGGACGGAAGGAUGUAGUUGAAUAUCUGCUUCAGAAUGGUGCAAACGUGCAAGCACGAGAUGACGGGGGUCUUAUUCCUCUUCAUAAUGCAUGCUCUUUUGGUCAUGCUGAAGUAGUCAAUCUCCUUUUGCAACAUGGUGCAGACCCAAAUGCUCGAGAUAAUUGGAAUUAUACUCCUCUCCAUGAAGCUGCAAUUAAAGGAAAAAUUGAUGUUUGCAUUGUGCUUUUACAGCACGGAGCUGAGCCAACCAUCCGAAAUACAGAUGGGAGGACAGCAUUGGAUUUAGCAGACCCAUCCGCCAAAGCUGUUCUGACUGGUGACUAUAAGAAAGAUGAACUCUUGGAAAGUGCCAGGAGUGGCAAUGAGGAAAAAAUGAUGGCUCUGCUUACACCAUUGAAUGUCAACUGCCAUGCAAGUGAUGGCAGAAAGUCAACACCAUUGCAUUUGGCAGCAGGAUACAACAGAGUAAAGAUUGUACAACUGUUAUUGCAACAUGGAGCUGAUGUCCAUGCUAAAGAUAAAGGUGAUCUGGUACCAUUACACAAUGCCUGUUCUUACGGUCACUAUGAAGUAACUGAACUUCUGGUCAAGCAUGGUGCCUGUGUAAAUGCAAUGGACUUGUGGCAGUUUACUCCUCUUCAUGAGGCAGCUUCUAAGAAUAGGGUUGAAGUGUGUUCUCUUCUCCUGAGUUACGGGGCAGAUCCAACACUGCUGAAUUGUCACAAUAAAAGUGCCAUAGACUUGGCUCCCACUCCACAAUUGAAGGAAAGAUUAUCAUAUGAAUUCAAAGGCCACUCAUUGCUGCAGGCUGCACGGGAAGCUGAUGUUACAAGAAUCAAAAAACAUCUUUCUCUGGACAUGGUGAAUUUCAAACACCCUCAGACCCAUGAAACAGCACUGCAUUGUGCUGCUGCAUCUCCAUAUCCCAAAAGAAAGCAAAUAUGUGAACUGCUGCUAAGAAAGGGAGCAAACACCAACGAAAAGACUAAAGAAUUUUUGACUCCUCUGCACGUGGCUUCUGAAAAAGCUCACAAUGACGUUGUUGAAGUAGUGGUAAAGCAUGAAGCAAAGGUUAAUGCUUUGGACAGUCUUGGACAGACGUCAUUACACAGAGCUGCACACUGUGGCCAUCUACAGACCUGCCGCCUGCUCCUGAGCUAUGGGUGUGAUCCGAACAUCAUAUCCCUCCAGGGUUUCACUGCCUUGCAGAUGGGAAAUGAAAAUGUGCAGCAGCUGCUUCAAGAGGGCAUCUCACCAGGUCACUCAGAGGCAGACAGACAGCUGCUUGAAGCUGCAAAGGCUGGUGAUGUAGAAACUGUAAAGAAACUGUGUACUGUUCAGAGUGUCAACUGUAGAGACAUAGAAGGACGUCAAUCAACGCCACUCCAUUUUGCAGCUGGGUACAACAGAGUGUCUGUGGUGGAAUACCUGCUGCAGCACGGGGCUGACGUGCACGCUAAAGACAAGGGAGGCCUUGUGCCUUUGCACAAUGCAUGUUCUUAUGGACACUAUGAAGUUGCAGAACUUCUUGUCAAGCAUGGAGCAGUAGUUAACGUAGCUGACUUGUGGAAGUUCACACCUUUACAUGAAGCUGCAGCCAAAGGAAAGUAUGAAAUAUGCAAGCUUCUGCUCCAGCAUGGUGCAGACCCUACAAAGAAAAACCGAGAUGGUAAUACUCCUCUGGAUCUUGUUAAAGAUGGAGACACAGAUAUCCAAGAUCUACUUAGAGGUGAUGCAGCUUUGCUAGAUGCUGCCAAGAAGGGUUGUUUAGCCAGAGUGAAGAAAUUGUCCUCACCUGAUAAUGUAAAUUGCCGUGAUACCCAAGGUCGACAUUCGACACCUUUACAUUUGGCAGCUGGUUACAAUAAUUUGGAAGUUGCAGAGUAUUUGUUGCAACAUGGAGCUGAUGUGAAUGCCCAAGACAAAGGAGGACUCAUUCCUUUACAUAAUGCAGCAUCGUAUGGGCAUGUAGACGUAGCAGCUUUACUGAUAAAGUACAAUGCGUGUGUCAAUGCCACGGACAAAUGGGCUUUCACACCGUUACAUGAAGCAGCCCAAAAGGGACGGACACAGCUUUGUGCUUUAUUGUUGGCCCAUGGAGCUGAUCCUACUCUUAAAAAUCAAGAAGGACAAACACCUUUAGAUUUAGUUUCAGCAGACGAUGUCAGCGCUCUCUUGACAGCAGCCAUGCCCCCCUCUGCUCUACCUUCAUGCUAUAAACCUCAAGUGCUCAAUGGUGUGAGGAGCCCCGGAGCUACCACAGAUGCUCUGUCUUCAGGUCCAUCCAGCCCUUCAAGCCUUUCUGCAGCUAGCAGUCUUGACAACUUAUCUGGGAGUUUUUCUGAACUGUCCUCAGUAGUUGGUUCAAGUACAACAGAAGGUGCUACCAGUUUGGAAAGAAAGGAAGAUCCAGGCGUAGAUUUCAGUAUAACUCAGUUCAUAAGGAAUCUUGGGCUUGAGCACUUAAUGGAUAUAUUUGAGCGAGAACAGAUCACCUUGGACGUGCUAGUUGAGAUGGGGCACAAGGAGCUGAAAGAGAUUGGAAUCAAUGCUUAUGGACAUCGACACAAGCUGAUUAAAGGGGUUGAAAGACUAAUCUCUGGACAGCAAGGUCUUAAUCCAUAUUUAACUCUAAACAACUCUGGUAGUGGAACAAUUCUCAUAGAUCUGUCUCCUGAUGAUAAAGAAUUUCAGUCUGUGGAAGAAGAGAUGCAGAGCACUGUUCGAGAGCACAGGGAUGGAGGUCAUGCAGGUGGCAUCUUCAACAGAUACAAUAUUCUCAAGAUUCAAAAGGUUUGUAACAAGAAAUUGUGGGAAAGAUAUACACACCGGAGAAAAGAAGUUUCCGAAGAAAACCACAACCAUGCGAAUGAAAGGAUGUUAUUUCAUGGGUCUCCUUUUGUGAACGCAAUUAUCCAUAAGGGCUUUGAUGAAAGGCAUGCAUACAUAGGUGGCAUGUUUGGAGCUGGAAUUUAUUUUGCUGAAAACUCUUCCAAAAGCAAUCAGUAUGUAUAUGGAAUUGGAGGUGGCACUGGAUGUCCAAUUCACAAAGACAGAUCUUGUUACAUUUGCCACAGGCAGCUGCUCUUUUGCCGAGUGACCUUAGGAAAGUCUUUCCUGCAGUUCAGUGCAAUGAAAAUGGCACAUUCUCCUCCUGGCCAUCACUCAGUCACUGGGCGGCCCAGUGUAAAUGGCCUGGCGUUAGCUGAGUAUGUGAUUUACAGAGGAGAACAGGCUUAUCCUGAAUAUUUAAUUACUUACCAGAUUGUAAGGCCUGAAGGUAUGGUUGACGGCUGAAACCAAUUCCACCAAACCUAACGUCCCGAAGCAGCUGAUGGCCUCUUAAGGUUCACUCCUUGGCUGGAAAAAAAUUCAUCCUGGCUACAAGCCUGUGGCAAAAACGAUAAAAAUGUGAAAGAAGCUUAACAUUCUGACUGAUAAAGCUUUAAUAAUGUACAGUGUUUCUAAGUGUUUCCUGUUUCUCAGCACUUUAACAGAUGCCAUUCCAGGUUCAACUGGGUUUAUCUGUACUAAAUUAUAAACAGUUAACUUGAAUCUUUUAUACAUUGUGUAUUGAUUCUAACAAAAAUGGUAAUGCCCUCAACAGAACUCAUUUUACUAAUCAGUCCUGUGUUCUUUAAAACACAGCAUUUACACUGAAUACAAUUUCAUUUGUAAAAUGUAAAUAAGAGCUUUUGUACUAGCCCGAUAUUUAUUUACAUUGCUUUGUACUAUAAACUGUUCUAGAGCUGCAGCGGUUUACAGAGUAUUUUCAUAUGUGUUGCUCAUCUCUGUGUUUCCAUCCAUCGUCGCCUGAGUGAUCGCCACAUUUGAUUCCAGAGGCUGCUCGGUUGCUGGUGGAGACUUAGUGGGAAAACAUUGAUUUAUCAAAUUUAAUUUGCCUGAUGGAAGCAUUUCUCUCACAAGAAAUACUUUCUCAUUUAAGAAUUUAUUGACUGUUCUGGGAAUUUCAUUUGUGAUGCCUUUGUAUCUACAAGGCACACAUUCCAGAGAGCUCCGAUGUCAACUGAUGGGGACUGGUGGCUCAAGAAGCCUUUUCGAUGGCCUCAAACUCUAGUUCUUGCUUCAGAGAGUUUUCUGGUGUUCUGAAUGUCAGAGCAAGCUCCCGCAAGGUUUCAAGAGGCCUAAGCCUUGGCUCUGAUCUUGGGAUGUAAGUAGAAGUGCAGUUUUAGUUAAGGGGAAGGCUAUCCUGAGCAAUUCCCAAUCAGUUCUAAUGACCUUCAGUCUAAAAGGGAGAAAUAGCAAGUAGGAGUGGGUCUUUUCUUUUUUUCUCCUCCCCUCCCCUCCCUUCCCCUCCCCUCCCCUCCCCUCCCCUCUUCUCUCUCUCUCUCUCUCUCUCUCUCUCUCUUUCUUCUAGUUUUUCUUGAUAUUUUGGUUGUAUUUAUGGCCAAGUCUACUUAUCAUGAGUAAACACAACCCAGAACCAUGAAUGUGAGUAUAUCUGUCUGUGGGUAGCCUCUGGAAUGGGCAAACCCAGUGCUUCCUACUCCUGCCAAGGCAUUCUGCCCAGUUGGAAAUACGCCGUCACAGGCUUAUGUUCAGCAUGGCAGCUGUGGAAGAAAUUACUUUCCAUGAAAGGCCACUCGACUGUUUUAAUGUAAGCCCUAUAAUCAUGGUCUUGCACAGAGGCCUACCUUCCUGCGGUACACUCAGAAAUCAAGGAGAGAUUUUACCCACCUAAGUCUUUGUAAAUGAGGAUGUCCUCUUUCCUCUCUGCAACACUUUAUCUUUGUUUCGCAUUUACUUGUCUCUUAAUUAACUGCUCCUUUAUAGAAACUUGUACAUAUAGUUGCUCAAAAGUCAGAUUUAUUGUCUGUGAGUUAAGAGAAAUGUAUUUCUGGAUUUAUUCCUCUGAUGUAAAUUGUGGUUAAGGAUUAAGUGGUUAAAACCUGACCUGGAAGUGCUUUUAUACAGCUCUCUAUUAAUUGCAAAUGUGAUCCUAAAAUCAUUUCUUGGAACAUAAAAAGAUAUGCCAAAUUUUAUAGAAUUUUCAGGUUCUGUAAGCUUUUGGAUUUUAUAGUUAAAAGAUAGUGAAAUUAAUUAAUGGGAUUUAUAUUUACAUACUUCUCAAGUUUGGCCUAUAUUAUACUCUGCGUGGAUCUGGAAUUGUUUCUCAUGUAAAAUCAUGGUCUUGUUAUGAGCUGUUACCUCCUCUAGCCCAUUGCUCACUUGUGUUGUUUUCCACUGUGGUUAAUGCGCUAGCAUGGCAAUGUUUAUUGGGAGCUGGGAGUUUGGGGGUGUGGUUUGGUGCUUUGCAUGAAAUAUCUUACUUUAUAAUGAUGGAAUUGUUUUUUCUUUUGCCUUGUGAUUUUUUUUUGAAGUGAAUUUAAUUUGUGUGUGUGUAGUGCUCUUCUGCCCAUCUGUGUCACUUGUAUCACAUUCCAUGCCCUCACUUAAUUCUUAAUAAACUGUUUACUUGUUUUCUGGGUAGCAUGAUAA